AAAUAUAUGCGCUGUUAGAAACGACGCUACUAAAAUGGUAAAACGAGGAGCCCUAAAAUGUGUAAUUUUUGUUACAGAUACUAGCGAUUAAAAUGUGGAUCCUGCUUUGGAUAUCCCAAGUUAGUCUUUGGACGCUCUCUUCAGCCACGGUGCACCUUGAUGUCGUGAACCAGUGGAAUUACCUGAGCUUCGAUCUUCCAUAUCAUUUUACAUACGCAUCAGAAAUAAGGUUAGACAACACAGUCUUCACCGGUCUGGAGAUAUCAGACGACCGCAUCUUCAUAGCCACCCCCAGACUCCGUGCAGGCGUUCCAGCCACCUUGUCUACCAUUCCCAGACAUGUGCCUCCUGGUUCAGGACCCACCUUGUCAGCUUAUCCCAGCUGGCAGUUGCAUGGGCCAAUGCGGGGCAACGUCAACUGCUCGCAGUUGAUAUCGGUAUAUAGGAUGAAGAUGGAUUCCUGCCAUAGGCUAUGGGCUCUGGACUCAGGAGUGAUGGACUCGUUGGAUGAAUUCACAAGGAUCUGUCAACCAAAGUUGGUGGUCAUUGAUACACUCACCGAUCAAAUUGUUCGCACAGUGAUAUUUCCGAAUGGAGUGCUGAGGCCAUCUUCACUUCUCACUAAUUUGGUCGUAGAUGAGUCCGUCCAAGGCACGUGCGAUUCAUCUUUCAUCUAUAUGACCGAUACCGCUGCUCCAGGUUUGGUUGUGUACGAUGGACUCAAAGAUCAAGCUUGGAGGUUGAGCCACCCCACAAUGUUUCCCGAUCCUGAUCAUUCAGAUUACAAUAUUAACGGCGAAACUUUCACUUUGAUGGAUGGUGUUGUGGGAAUAACGCAUUCACCUAGGCUAGCCACUGUCUACUACCAGCCACUAGCUACAGAUAGGAUAUACAGCAUUCCUACAUCCAGCCUCACCAAGGGGCCACCAGCAGAGUUCGAGAGCUUGCCAAUUUCACUAGUAGGAAGAAAAUCAUCUCAGGGAAUCGCCCUUACCUGUUCUCCGUUCGACAACACUCUAUAUUUCAGCCCGUUGCAAGAAACGUCAGUUGCUUCGUGGAAUCCGUUGAGUAAUCAGCAACAUUUGUUGGCGUACGACUCAGAAAGACUCCAAUUCCUGACAGAUAUGCGAUGGCAACCCGAUGGAAGCGUAUGGUGCCUAAGCACCAGGUUCCAGAGGUUCUUUUUGAGGACAGCGUCAUCCAACGAAAUCAACCUCAGGAUCAUCAGAGUACCUACGCAUUUUCAUACCUUGGACGAUAUUAACAAUGAUCUAAUUUACAAGUGAAUCUAUAACUGAUUGUACAGAAAUUAGUGAUAGAACAUUUGGAUAUAACUGGCCAGUUGGUUAAUGCUAGAGAAUUUUCGUCUUGUUCGAAAGAUUUUGGCCAUUAAUUUCUUCUUCUCUAGUUGGUAUUCAUUCUAUUUUUACAGUAAAUAGUAUAAUAGUAAGUGACCGUUUUUCGUUUUUGCAAAAUGCAAAGAGAUUCGGGUAAAAGCGAAAAGAUGAAAAAACAAGACAAAAUCUCCUAAAAAGAAACAACAUUUAAAGAAAUGUAUUUGAAGAAAUAUAAGUUGAUAUAGUUAAAGAUAGUAUGACGCAGAGGCUUUUAUCAAGAUAUUAAAACGUGUAUUUUAGGCCUUGUGAUGCAUCGUAGCUUAUAUUUAACAAACAAAUUGUGCUAGGUCCCAGACAUUUACUGUACAUUUUAUCUCAUAUGUUUAGUUUAAAAUUAUGGUUAAAUUGCAUGUUUAGAAGCUCAUCAAAUUGUAUCUCUAUUCAAUAGUUGUUUUCCAUAAUGAUUAAAUGCAACAAUCACUCACACAUAUUUGGAUAUCCCUUGAUCUUUUAUUCGCCACAACUUCUACAAAUUUUGUGAUAGAAAAGUACCCAUAUCUGCUUAGGGAAAACAUUCAAAUAAAGGAUAAAAAAUAUAUUCGCAUUAUGAUGUGUUAUGCUAAAUUAUGCUGAUAUUCCUUAUCAAUUCGUUGCAACUACUGCUAAAAAUGUCUAUCCUAAAAUAUGACAUGCUUGCAUUUUUUGUCGUUUAACGAAUUUUUUAAGAUAAGAAAAAAUGCACGUCAUUGACGACAGAACUGUCUGAUCAGAGAGAUAUACUAUAAUAUAUCAUCAAGGCGUAUCAUUUGUGAAGUUUAUCGUAAGUUACCAUUAAGAGAAAUUAAGUGAAAUAUGUAUGCCAUGUAUUUUGGGCCAGGGUUCGUUACUUCGAUCUGAAAGUGUAUAUACUCAUGCGCAAAGGUUGUAUAAUUGUAAAUUGUAAAGUAAUACAUAGUAUUUUAUUUUUGUACCUUAUUUAGAAUUACAUGUAAUAAUAAAUAGCAGUUACUUACAA